AUGGAGGUCGUACCAAAAUUAAUUGAAAUGUUAAACAUGGUGCUUAACAUUUUUUUUCAUUCUCCAGGGCCUGUGGAAGGUUCGACGUUAGGUACUCCUUCACCAGAUGCUCCUGUUGAAGUUUUUUAUCAAAUCAUCAACUCAUGGGUUAACAUGUUUUACGCAUCAUUCAAAUUGGCCAUUUCAGCAAUUUCACCAUAUAUUGCGACGGCAGCCAUCAUCAUCAACCAUUCUUUCAAGCUGCUGAGCACUGGAGGUAACAUCAUUGGAAAAACGCAUCAAACUUUUUCAAUACUGCCUUUAUCUAUCAGAGAACUUACUGUGGUAACACUAAUUGGAAGCUGGUGCUUAUUCAGAUUCGGAGUUAAAUCAAGAAAAUCAAAUAAACAGGUGAAAGUUGAUGUUCACGUUCACAAUCACAACAAGCAGAUUACUCAAGUGGCAAAUAACUCAUCCACUUUAUUUGACAGAUCAUUUUUCCAGUUCAAUAGAACGAAUCAAGCACAAUCUCGCAGAAAACCAAUUAGAUACUUCAUUCCAACAAUAACAUUGAAUGGUGAUAGAGCAACUGUGUGGAAAAAAGUCUCAACAGCAACAAAACACAAACAAUUCAACAACGACAGCUUCAUUGAUGCGGUAUUCAGAGCGGCUGGUGAAGGCUCAAAUGCUCAGGUCCUAAAUGAAUUGGAAGACAGAGAAUUCCAAUCAUUUCACCAAGCUAAAGAUUUUAUCCUAUCAUUCAGCGUUCAUACAAAAGAAUUUAACCAACAUCGUGAGGAUGCAGUUAAUCAAUUAUUGACACAUGAGCCGGUUUAUACAGUUGAAGAAUUCAAGUUGUUUUUAGUUAAACUAUCUGAAGCUUAUUAUUUAUCUUACUUGGACAGCACUAGGUUGCUUUCUGCCUUAUUGACCAUUGGUUGUUUAAGAACACUCAAAGAAAAAGCAUUAUUGGAACAACUUAGAGCCAAGCUGACAAGCUUAGAUAUAAAUGAAUUUGCUGAGCAGUUACUAUCACAAUUCAAUGAACUUCAAUUGAAACAACAUUGCAUCUCAAGACGUCCAAAAGCACAUCAAGUCCAACAACCUGAACCUUUUGCAAAAGAGCAGGCAACCGUUAAAGAGGAAGCUAAUACUGAUCAACCAAGAGGCUCUUAUAGUUUAGAAAACAGAAAUGAUGGCAAUGGUAAUGUUAUAACUCAAAGUUCUACACCGUCAUCAGUUACUAAUGAACCAGAAAGAAUCCAACACCACAGAAUAUACCACACUAGGCUUACAGUCUUUAGCAAAGAAGUCGUCCGGCGAGUGAAGGAUAGGUAUCAACAUAAGGAAAAUCUGUCAAGGCAAUCAUUAGAUACUGAGAUCAUAUGUUCAGAUGGUAAAGUCAUUAAUGAGAAGUUAGCAGAACAAUUAUGGGAAGCUAUUGUCGCUGACGAUACUAUGUCCACAACCUCAGAAGGUACUAUUGAGAAUGACGUUGUAAGCUCAAACCUACAAUCAAAAAUUGCUGAAUCGGAGAUCUAUAAAGAUGAAGAAGCUUUCCAAGGAUACGAAUCUAUUGACAAAGAAUGGCAAUCUAACAUCCAAAACGAAAACUAUCUUCCACAAUUGUGGAUCAAUUCCAAAUAUUAA